CAGGAGCUCUGCUCGCGCCCCCAGCGUGCCAGUCCCGGGGCUGCAGGGAGCGCAGCGCGCGCCGCCCGGGCCCCGGCCACCGGACGCCCUACCGGACACCACCCUCCCUGGAGCUUGGACAACCGCCCACCAACGGACACUACACCGGACACUGCCUCUCACAGGGCUGGACACUACAACGGACACUGCUUCCCAGCUUCGGACAUUGCUCCGUGCUCCAUUCCCCCGGCCCUGGACGCUCCCCCCUCCCCCGGGCCCAGACACCAAGCCCCCAGCAGGCUCUGACGAUCCUCCUCUUGCACCUCAGCGCUGGACACUGCCUUCUCCCCGCUCCCUUCUCUCUUCUCCUUGCACCUCAUCUCUACCCGGUUCUGUCCGAGCACCUCCAGUUUCUCCAAUCCCCUGCUGUUCCGGCAACGCUGCCCGCGCCCCCCUUUCCCAGGCUGCUCGCCCGGAUGCCUCUCCCCGGGGGAUUGUGGUGGCUUCUCUGCUGCCGUCGAGGCUUCACUCUCCUGCACCGGGACUACGGCGACGGCGAGUUUAGCGGGGACGGGGACGAAGACGAUGAUGACGAGACCUUUGAGCUACGGACCCCGAGUCCAGCGGGCGGCGGGAGGGGUUCCCUGGACGUUACACUGACACAGCCAACAAGGAUUGGGCCGGUCUCAGACAGGCUGCAGAGCUGGGAAGAGACCUGGAGCCUCAUCCCAGAUAAGGGUCUUCCAGAGGACGACCCCGACGUCGUUGUGAAAGGUUGGCUGUACCGGGAGCCCCGCGGAGGAGGGGCGCGGCCAUGGCUUCUCCCACGCAGAGCCUGGUUUGUGCUCACCCGAGAUUCCCUGGACCAGUUCAGCAGCAGCGGGAAGGGGGCAAGGCGCCUUGGAAGCCUGGUCCUCAACAGCCUGUGCUCAGUGACUGGGCCGGAGCGUAGACCCAAAGAGACAGGUCUGUGGUCAGUCACUGUGUCUGGCCGGAAACACAGCAUCCGCCUCUGCUCCCCGCGCCAGGCAGAGGCAGAGCGCUGGGGGGUGGCACUGCGCGAAGUGAUUGCCUCUAAGGCCCCACUGGAGACCCCUACGCAACUACUGCUCAGGGACAUACAGGAAAGUUGUGGGGACCCAGAUGCAGUGGCCCUCAUCUACCGGAGGAACCCUAUUCUGAGGCACACCAGUAGUGCCUUAUAUGCCCCACUCCUGCCCCUGCCCUAUGAAGUCAGCGCUCCAGGUCCAGGCUAUGCACCCUUGCGAGAGGAGGCUGUGCGGCUGUUCCUAGCGCUGCAGGCGCUGGAGGGGGCACGGCGCCCGGGGCCCUUGAUGCAGGGUGUGCUCCAGACCUGCCGGGACCUGCCUGCACUCCAGGACGAACUUUUCCUGCAGCUGGCUAAGCAGACCUCAGGUCCUGCCGGUCCCCCUGGGCUCCCUGCGACGCAAGAUCCUGCAACCCUGCGGUACUGGCAGCUUCUCACUUGCAUGAGCUGUACCUUCCGGCCUGGGGGCGCUGUCCGAGGGCACCUCCUGGGGCAUUUGGAGAGGACGGAGCAGGCACUCCCGGACUCAGAGCUGGCAGAAUAUGCACGCUUCAUCCGGAAAGCUCUGAGCCGAACUCGGGGCCGCGAGCUGGUGCCUUCGCUAGCCGAGAUAUCCGCGCUGAGCAGACGACAGGACCUGUUGUGCACCGUGCACUGUCCCGGAGCUGGAGCCUGUCCGGUGGCCAUCGACUCCCACACCACAGCGGGAGAGGUGGCUCGAGAGUUGGUGGGGAGGCUGGGUUUGGCCCGGAGCCGGAACUCGUUCGCCCUGUAUGAGCAGCGAGGGGCCCAGGAGCGAGCCCUGGCUGGGGGAACCCUUGUGGCCGACGUGCUCACCAGGUUUGAGAAUUUGACCUCAGAGGAAACUGGACUAGAGGACUCCCCCGACUCCGGGUGGAGACUGUGUCUUCGUCUUCAUGGACCUCUGCACCCAGAAGGGCUCUCCCCAGAUGGUCACGAACUGCCUUUCCUCUUUGAGCAGGCUCACGCUCUGCUCCUGCGCGGCCGGCCGCCCCCACCCGACGACACGCUGCGCGCCCUGGCGGCGUUGCGCCUGCAAAGUUUGCACCGGGACUUCUCCCCUCGGGGUCCCCUGCCACGUCUGGACCGCCUGCUGCCGCCCCCGACUCCGCCGCGGGAACAACCGCCACGCCCCACCCCUAGGCCACCGCCCUCCGCCGCCCUGCUGGCCGGGGCGCUCUGGAGCCCGAGCCUAGCCAAAAGGCGGGCGGAGCGUGCCCGACGCUGCGGGACUGGCGGAAGCACGGCCCAGGUGGGAGGCGGCGGCACCAGCACGACGGCCGCGGUGCUGGGCGGCUGGAAGAGGCUGCGGGGCAUGGGCCAAGCUGAAGCCAUGGCUGCCUACCUGGCUCUGGCAGCGCAGUGUCCGGGGUUCGGCGCUGCUCGGUAUGACGUUCUGGAGCUGAGCACGGAGCCUGGUGGAGGCGCUCCACAGAAGCUAUGCCUGGGUCUGGGAGCAAAGGCCAUGUCGCUCUCCAGGCCUGGUGAGACCGAACCCAUUCAUAGUGUCAGCUAUGGUCAUGUGGCCGCCUGCCAGCUAAUAGGCCCUCACACCUUAGCGCUGAGGGUGGGAGACAGCCAGCUCCUCCUACAGAGUCCCCAGGUAGACGAGAUCAUGGAGCUGGUGACUGCCUACUUGGCCAACCCUUCCCCGGAGAGGCCCGGCAGCGGCUCUGGUCCUCCAAGCCAAGACCUGCCAGAUACCUCCCCCCGCAGCCAGCACCAAGUUCUGGAAGAGCCCCAGGGACAGUCUGGCUGCUUGGGACAGCAGCAGCAGCCCCAGCAGCACUAAAGCCUGCCAAGAGGUCAUGACUUUUCUCUUGCCUCCAGCCUGAGCCGGGAGUGCUCUGAGAUUGGAGGAAACCAUGGACCCUUUUUGGCCCUGCAGGGACAGGGUACACCCACACCCACACACCCCUCGAGGGCUGUAGUGGGUGUGGACAGUUUUCUAGUUUGUUUCUUAAUUUAUUUGUAGAAGAAGAAAAAAAAAAUCCUUAUUUACACAAAGCCUUCCUGUGGGAGUGUUGUCGGUGGGACAAGUUGGGAGUUCCAUGGCUCAGAACGCAUGCGUACCCGCACGCGCAUGCGCACCUUCCAGGACGCCCACACUUUGGGCUUUUACCAGGCACUGAGGGGAGUCUGGGUACCACAGAGCUCCACCCUCCUUGGCCUUCUACAUUUAACCUCCUCCUGGCCAGCAUGUCAUCAUAGGAUGGUGGGUGGGGCAGGCAGGGAGGCAGGCAGUACUGGAAGCUGGCAAUUACUCACCCUCUGCCCUCCACUGAGUGCUGUAUGGGUUGUCUCCUGUCAUCCCUGGGCUGGAAGGACAAUGAGUCAUCAAGACCA